CCUGGGUCAGAUGCUGCAGCAGCUGAGAGCUGAGGACUGAGCUGCUGCUGCAUUGCUGAGCAGGGGCUGUGCUGGGAGAGACCUUCAUCAAAGCCCCUCGAUGCCCAGCCCAGGGUGGGGCGAACUCCAGUGUCUGGAGCCAGCCCUCUGGGGCAGCCCCGGACAGCUCCUCAGCCAGACUCCAGUACCCAAAGCUGACAUAACCUGGCUGAAAGGAGAGGAAGAGCCAUGGGUCCUGGGUCUCCAGGGGUCCAAGGAGCAGAAAGCCCAAGAAGUGUCCCUAUAGCCAGAGACUCCUCCUGCAUUCUCUUUUGGUUCCAGCAGGUGACAAGGCCAUGAGUAAGAGUGAGGAGGAGGAUGCGCAGCAGGAACCACAUGGGACACUACUGGGAAGAGCUGAAGAAGACAUUGCUCAGAGUCCUGAGCAGGGAGAAGCUUGUGGAAAUGAGAGUGAGCCACUGCUGCCAAAUGGAGCAAACUGCAGCAAAAGAGGCAGCAGCCUCCCGGCUCGCAGGGGACAAGGAGUGAAUAACCUUGAAGCACUUAGUUUGACGAGGAACCUGAGUGGGAAGAGACCAAACCUAUGCAGGGAGUGUGGGAAAAGCUUCCGCUGGAGAUCAAGGCUUAUUACACAUCAGCGACUCCACACCGGAGAGAAACCCUAUAAAUGUCACGACUGCGGGCAGAGCUUCAACGAGAGCUCUGCCCUGACCGUGCACCAGAGGAUCCACACGGGCGAGAAGCCUUUCAAGUGCCCCGACUGUGGGAAGAGCUUCACUCAGAGUUCAAACCUCAUCCAACAUCAAAGGAUCCACACAGAGGAGAAGCCCUACAAGUGUCAAGACUGUGAGAAAAGCUUUAACGACAGCCGGCACCUUGUCCGGCACCAGAGAUCCCACUCUGGAGACAAGCCAUACCAAUGUACGGAUUGUGGGAAGAGCUUCAGUCAGAAAUCAGAUCUCACAAGACACCGAGGAACCCACUUUGGGGAGAAACCUUUUAAAUGCGCUGACUGUGAAAAGGGCUUCAGCCAGAGCUCCGAUCUCAUCCGACACCAGCUCAGCCACUCAGGAGAAAAGCCCUACAAGUGCCCCGACUGUGGGAAAAUCUUCAGCCAGAGCUCGAACCUCACCACCCACCAGCGCAUCCACAGGGGAGACAAGCCCUACUGCUGCCCGGACUGUGGGAAGAGCUUCAGUCAGAAAUCGGAUCUCAGCAGACACACAGGAACCCACCUCAAGGAGAAACCUUUCAAAUGCUCUGAGUGUGAGAAGAGCUUUGCUCGGAGCUCAGCACUAAUUAGACACCAGAUCAUCCACUUAGGUUAGAAAACAGUGGUGCUUCUACCUGACAGCAGUUCUGGGGUUGCCCCAUUCAGUUAAAUGUGGUUUGAAGGUUGCAUCGGAGUGAUGCACGUUGGAAGUUAGGGUUCCAGCAUGGUCGCUGCGAUGGCUGCGGGUUCCCACUGGUCGCUGUGAUGGCCAUGGGACUGGGCCAGAAAUAAAGAACAUCGGUGCCCUUGUAAUCUAUAAACCUCCAUCUCAGAAAGCUUGUCUAUUUGCUCUGGCACAAGAGGACUGUGCUUGGGGUGUGAGCAUAAGAUGUGAGUCUAAUGGUAAGGGCUUUCCUUGCAGAGGAAAAGUCAGUUAUUCUGCCAGAGGACGUGUGGCCUUCCCACCCGGGGGCCCAGUGCCUCUGCUCUGAGAGCAAGAGAACUUAGCGCAGGAAUGGAGAAUGACCCGUUACCCUAGUGAGAGGCAUCUGAAAGGGCUGGUAGACAGUCAGAUGAGAGAGACAAGUCACCCACACUGGGCAGUGUAGGCUGAUCACUAUCUAUAAAGGUGCUGAAAAAGGAGGAUGCAGGAGGGGAAGAUUGAAAAGGAAAUGGUAGAAUGGAUGAGAGAGCAACACCGUUAAACAAAUGCUAUGACCCUGUGGGCUCCUAAAGCCACCAGUUGUGCCCAACAGAUAUAUCUCCAUCACCCCACUAAUUCCUGCCACAUCAAUGACUAGUGAGAAACACUGACUGAUCAUGAUCACAGAUGAAGUGCCUCAGACUUCAGUGUCAGAAGCUGCUACGCUCCUCAUCUCUGCGAUGGUGAAAGAGCCGGGGCACGGGGCUGGGCAAAAUGCUUCUGAAGAGAGCUGGGAUGGCUGGCCCUGUCCUGGCAGGGUCACGCCAAGCAGAAGAAAGAUCCAGAGUGGCGGUGUACUGGGGCCUUGUGAUGGCAUCUGGCGGUGCCACUCUGAUUGGGGCUUCAGGAUAAUUUGGGAUCUCUCUCUGUGAAGCUAUCUAACUUCAGAGCUAUUUCUUCUGAGCCUUUUGUGCCCCUCCUUCUGGGAAAAAGGCCCUGAUAUAAAGAGCUCAGAUGCACUUAUGAGAGUGGGUCAAAACUGGAAGGAAAAUUGUGAAACAUUUUGGAAAUUAAAAAAAAAAAAAAGUGUGGGGGGUUGUAUUUUCUUGCAAACUUUUCUGAAGUCAAAAGGAAAAAUUCUAGGAAGUCCAAUUUUUUUCUCAAAAGUGAGAAACUAUAAACAGGAAGUUUUGAUGAAAAA